AUCACUUAAACCUCAUUCAGCUCCAUUUAUCAGUCCAUCACUGGUGAAGAACCUUUUCUGUGGGUGAUGUUGGUUUUCCCUUGAGAUCUCACAUUUGGAAAUAGUCUUGGUUGUGUGUAACCUGCUGUGUAAUGGAUUUAAUAGUAAUAAUGUCAUGUAAAAUGUCAUCUAGUGUUUGGCAUUUUCAUGCAGAUGCCCCCGAAACCUUCUAUCUUCUUUUUCUUAAAGUUCUUUUGUUUUCAAAUGCAUGAUGUCUUUUCCAUUUCUCUUUUUUGUUUUUUCCCGUUCCUUCUCCUGUUGUCCUUUACCAUUGUCGUCAAUCACAUUCCUCUCUCCUCUCAAACACACAUGCACAAACACUUUGACAGCAGCAGUCAGGAUCAGCACUGUCAGAAGCAGACCGCAGUGGUCCUGUUGAAUUCUAACGGCAAAACCUGUCAAGGUUCAGGAAGUAUUUCAGUUGCCACCCUUUGCACAGACACCCUCACAGCCUCCAAACACAACAAGCAACGAGACUGGCGCUCCCUGAUCUGCCCCUCUUCCGUCAACAUCCACCCCAAUGGCUCGCUGAGGUUUUCGGUGUCCCUGAACGACGUGGGUCAGCGUGUGGACAGUCUUUGUCGAGGUCUGCACUUUAUAGACCGCACCUGCUCCGAGGGAGAGCUGGAGCUGAAGCCGGAGCCUGCUCAGCCACCCGGCUUGGAUCAAAGGGCUCACACACUCAACGGCAAGCUGGCUUCAGCACCCCCACACCAGAUCCCAAAUCCGGCCUUCUCAACACGCACCCACCCCCACCUUGUACCUUCCUUCACCAACAACUAUAAAUACAUGCUGGGCAUCCCUCCCACCAGUUGUCUCCCAUAUGACCCUUCUACCACUGGCCCUCCUCCUCCUCCCCCUCCUCUGUCCAAUACCCACCUCCACCCUCAUCGUUCUCCGAGCACCAACUUCCUCCGUCUCCUCCUGCCCUUCUCUCGAUCCUCUACUUCGGCCAGCCUGCAGUGCUCUGAACUAGGUAGUUACACUUCUCACCUCCACAUCACCAAGUCCUCUAGUGCCCUGCUGGAAGGCAGCGAGUCAGGGUUUCCACCUGAGGAUCUACUGGGAGAUGAUGACGUGUUUGAGGAGAACCAGUCAAGUCCAGCUCCAAAGGGAACGGGCCAGCUAGCAACCCCAGAAUCACACACCAUGGCUGGUUCAGUCGCUCUUCUUGCCCCUCUGUGCUAUAUGGAUGAGGACAGCGACUUAGACUGCUGCCCGUCCCCUUUGUCAGAGAAAACUGAGCCACAGUCACCCUAUUCACUAUCUGGAGACUGCUGCAGGUGGGUGACUGUCUGCCUGGAUGGUAUAAUCCACACCCAUCCUUCCUGUGACUUGGUAGAGCCCAGACUACCCCUGUGCCAUUGCGUGGCAGUGAACCCCCAAGCCCCGUGGAGUAGUGGAGCGCUUCUCAUCCUGUAGUACAACUACCCAGCAAAUGUCUUACACCACAGCAGUAUUUGUCCUCAGAACCCCCAAGCAGAGUGAGGCUGUUAAUGAGAAGAACCUGACACAUAGAUGCUUUAGUCUGCACACACUGUAUCUACAUGCAACUCCUCCUCCGCUGUCCUGAUUCAACCCGAAUGUGUGUCUAGAACAGAAAUGUGACCUAAUUUUAUUUCAUACCAUUUCAUUUUCACUUCACUCUCAUCUCCGUGUUCUACCAUGUUUAUCAGUGUGCUGUCAAGCUCUGUUUUUUUAAAAAAUUAUUUUUCAUCGUUACAAGAUCGAUGAGGCAUUAAAGUAUCUUACAUGAGCUGUGAAAAUUUGUGAUUGAUUUUGCCCGUAAGCUUUAAACUUUGCCGGAGAGGCAGGAAUAGGAGGCACUGGCAAUGUUUAAGGAAAAGAUGAAGAGGUGGAGGUUGGGGUCAAAAUUUAUUAGCGCUGAGGAACAGAAUGUGUUUCUGGCGGGGAAACAGUGGAACAGAGGCAGAUGGGAUGAAAUAAACAAAAUUGAACUGAUGGAGUCUAUUUGAUUGGGUCAACAGCGCCAGCAUCAGUCUUUUACACUUUAUGGUCUGUGUGCAAUCUAAUAGCCAUGUAGGUAAGGACAUAUUCUGAGUAAUAUUUGUUCACAGACCAGGUCAGGGUUGAGGUUCUCAGGAAGUACUCUUUCAAGAAAAGGAUUUUUUUUUUUUAGCUCUAAUGACAAGCCCUUCUGGGUUACGGUAUUUGUCUGUCAAUAUUUUAUACGUGAGCUUAUUUUUAAAUACAGAGGAAUGUUAAUUAUAUUUGUCUGUCCCGUCAGCUGUGGUCUGUGCGAGUACUCUGUUCCAGAUUAUACAUCAGCUGUGGGUUGAAACAUGAGCUUAGAAUUGGAAAGGUGAGGGCUGAAGAUCAGGCAGAUUAUUGGCUUCAAAUAGUCUCUGACUGUACACGCACACCCACACGCACAAACACCAACACUAACACAUUGUGCCAGCUGUCUGUCAGGUGGCUUGAAGCGUGAUCUCUGAGAAAAGAAUGACCUCACCUGUUAAACUCUGUGUGUGUGUGUGUGCAUGCACGUGUUUCCCACAGAUAAAUGGCAUGUAAAUGAUUGUCUAGCUCUUUUGUUGAUAGCAUUCCAGAAAGUAAUAGCUGGAUGAGGGGUGUCUUAGUCUGUUUCCUUAUUGGAAAUGUGACUUUUAGAGAAACUUAAAGGUACGUGUUUAGACGCAGUGUUCCUCACCAUACAUCUUGUGUGUGUAUCCUAACAAAUGUAUGAAAAGCAUUUCCAUCCUCUCCAAAGAUGAUUUCUCUGAAUAUUUUAAUAACCUGCAUUGCUUAUAUCCAUGUCAUUCAGACCCUUUUUCAUUUGAUAGAUGCGGCCAACCUUUGAAGUAUCAGUUAUUACAGUCAGGCCUUUUUACCAUAUCCAGUUCUUACAUCUUGCUUUGCCUCUUUGUUUUUCAUACUUUAUGGAUCACACACUCUACACAUUUCCAUUACUGCCCUCUGUGGUCCUUGUGCAUAUAUUAGCCAGAGAGAGCCCAAUACAAACAAAACAGAGAUAAAGACAUUGUUUUUUACAACCUCUAGCAUAAAAAAAGGGCACCACAGGUCACCUUUAGCUGAGAAUACACACCAGCUGGGGUCUGUGUAGUUCCUUAACCUUCCUCCAAAAGAUAAAUUUCUUUUCAGCAAAUUUAAUAUUCUCUUUUAAGGCAAGCAUAGCCACACAGAUCUAAUAAGAUGGGCAGGAAGUGGCUUCCAGUGGUGCUUCUGCUAAUUGAAUUGUGUUUUUCUGUGAUCAGAGUGUCUUUGGCAGAGUGUAGAGCUUAAACUGUUCCAACUGAAAACGGGCUGAGAACAUGAGAGAACAAAAUGCCUCAGAUGUCACUAUGGGGGGGGGGGGCAUGUGUGCCCCUAUCUGUUUAGCAGAAAUGCGAUAACAGAUUGGUGUUGUAAAAUUUAUUUGAAAAUAAAUACAUAAACAUGCACAAACAGGAGAAAAGUACAGGGAAAGAAAAAAGAGAAGAGGAAGAAAGCGAAUUCCUCGCCAGGGCUGAAAUGUUGCCGAGGUUGUUUCCUCCUCAACUUGUAGUGCUUGUACUUUCCUGACUCCUGAUUUUUCUUCUCACAUUUUAAUAUUGAUGUACUGUUAUCGGCGCCUGCGCUAUCUUAAAAUUGCUGUUAAACAGGGAGUGUUUUGGCUGCACAAGAGAUACAAAUUAAAUUUUAACUUCCCUCCUGUGCCUGACGGUGCCUGGAAUGUGCUGCUGACACAGACGGGAAAUUUAGCUGGAAAUUUGCAAAAGGGUUUGGGGUUAUUCUACGAAUCGAGUUUAUCUGUACACUGUGAGAUUUUUAUCUUCAAAGUGCUUUUUGCAAAAUCUUUGCUGUUUCUUGCAGGUAAACCUACAUUCCUCAGCUGUAGUCUCUUCCACUCAUGUUGUUUACUGAUCCACUGUGGCUCCAUGUGGAGGUGUAGGAAUUUUUCUACAGUUAUCCCCUCCUACAUAAAAAAAAAAAUUUACAUUUGCAUUAAAAUAAUUUGUCAAAUUUGUCCAUUUCUGCAGUCACCCAGCGUUGAUAUGAGCAGCAAGGUCCUGAGGCUGAUUUUUUUGUUUUGUUUUGUUUUUUUGUGAAAGAGGAGUACAGUAUGUGUGGGAUGAAAACCUGCAGUUCAUCAUCUUGUGAUCCAUGCAAACAAACGCAAACAAAGCAGCCGAGCCACAACCGAUAGAAAUAAAACAACAAUCUUCCAGAGAUGUUAAUAGUGCCUCCUCUAUCCCUUAAUCCCUCAGUCUUCGUUCCACUCCCUACGCGACCUCUUCCAACUGAGAGUGCCGUAGAAAUUACUUAUUUUUAAUCCUCCUUUGUUCACUUUGUCUUUUAAUCUUGUAACACUUUGGCCAGAUCAGUGAAGUCUGGAAAUAGACGUCUUGCCUGCUCGCUUUCGAACAUGUGUGGGCGUGCAUGUGUGUCUUCAUGUGUUCUUAUCCUCCGCUGAGCCGGGAUAAAGAAAAACCCUUUUGAACGUGCUGCUCUCUUCUCCUUCUCCAUCUUUCUUUCAAUACUUUGUUUACUCGUUUCUUCCCCGCAGACAGAAGUGCCACUGCUCUCUCUGUGAUUCACUUUGGAAAACGCACUCAAGGCCUUUUCUGGUUUAUGCAUUUACUGGUAGAAAGUGUGGAUUUGAAGUUUUUAGUUGAAGUGACUGAUUGCAUUGUGUAGCUUGUAUCCAUCCUCCCCUUACCAUUGUUCUGUUAUCCAAGUCCGAGACAUCAGCCUGACCUUUAGUAACACCUUUAGCUGUGUUGUGGCUGAACGAGCAGUAGCUGAGUUUUGGGCUUAUUGCUCAUUCACUGAGGACCCCCCUGGUCUGAACAGCCGCAACAAGGUCAACAUCCUGACAUUGAAUUCAGAGAUCAAAAUGACUUUAGCUUUGCUUUCGUGUGUGUGUGAUAUUAACAUAACAUUUGCUGCUCUAAUAGUCCUCUCCAGCCCCUCAUUUUGUCUCUUACUACUGAACGGACUGCUUUGGCAGAUUGGGGCUGACAUACUGGUGAAAGCGUGUGGCUAGUCUGGGUUCUCACUCUGUCUCUCUGCCACAGAUGCACAGCCACACUUUCAGACUGAACAGACACAGAGAAAUACACUCCUCCUUAGUGUGGGUGACUAAUAGCUCCUGUCCUCCAGCCUGUCAGUCAGUGUCUGAUAUGUGAUCUUUAGGAGGAGGAGAGGGGGCUGGACUGUUUUGCUCUGAUAUUAAAAAUCUGACUCCCUGUCCAGCAGUCCUUCGAGGCACCAGACACCUAAUUGAAUGUUCCAGUUGUCGGUACUUGUGCCCAGGAUACCUUAGCAAGCAUCAAGAGGGGCUUAACACAAUAUCACACCUGUUAUGUUCAGUGCAGCUCCACACAGCGGCAUUGCAGCAAACAUGAGAUUUGAGAAGCUUUAAAAAUUCGCCUGGAUGCCAUAACAUUGUUGUUGAUUAUGUUGUCUGAACUCCAUCCAAACGCAGUUACCCUUACACGUGACUUGUAUCAGUUCAUCCAACACUGAGACUAAGGUUUCUCCAGCCGCAGGGUAUCUGAAAUUAGAUUUGAUGUGGUCAAUCUUGUGCUGCAACGUUUCAAGAUCAGAGGAAAUUAUUUUCUGAAAAUGUCAUUUCGAUUUGCAAAUGAAGUGCUUUGAAUUAAAUUAGUUUGUCUUGAUUGAGUUUAUCCAUGAGGGACAUUGUCUUCCGCAUUCAGGGUCUUAAUAUGCUUUUAUAUUUGUGAAAUUAUAUUCCCAUCUGCCAUGCUCUCCCAGCACUUUGUCUUAUUAUAUGUACUGCUACAGAAUACUACAAGUUUGCUGACACAUCCUUAAAAACUGAAGUUUGUUCUAGUUUGGGGAAAUAUCUGUCAGCUUUGCCUGCCAACUUUUCUCUUUUUGAUCUUUCCUCUCCGCUGUCUUCCUCCUAUUACAGCUGUCUUGCCUCUAGCUUAGUGUUGACUGUAUUCUUUGG